UUUUAUUAAACGACCGAUGUUUUUACGUUUUUGUUUCAGAUCAUGUCAGCCAAAAAGGUUCUUAAGCUUCUGAUUUUUACUAUAACUUCAUUAGUAAAGACUUUGCAGACAACCUACAGCGAAGAUGCAGCGCGCGACGGACUGAAGAACUGUACUAAGGCUGUACGAACUAUUAAAAUGCUAUUGAAGAAGGCAACCACGGUAGGCGAGAAGCAACAACUUUUAUCGCAGCUGGCUAACGUUAAAAGUUAUAGAAAUCAAAUAAAAGUUUCUGUAAGACAUGGUUCGGGGAUGACGGGCGAGGUUUUAACCUCUUCUAGACCAUCAAAAAGAGUAAAAUGGGACGACAGCGAAAUCGCAUUCGAUAGCCGCAUUCGUACCGGUGUGAUUUCUAAUUUGAAGCAUAAAGACCCACGUCAGUUUCUCGCCGAUUGUUUCAUCCUCUUCAAACGUCGCAUUGCCAAUGUUUUGAAGAAAGAAGAGUCGCUCAAGGUUAAUGCGAUAUUGGGAGGGCAAUUCCUUUUGCAAAAAGCCGAUCGAAUAAUUGAGGAAACCAAGUAUUUCAACACCCGGAAUGAUCCGAUCUAUCGAGACACAGACUUGGAAGAAUGGUUUCAAGAAACUAUAUCACAGCCAAUACUAAACCAACUGGAUGAGUUCCAAGAGAGAGACUCCGGCUGGACACUGAGUUCUAUCACCAACUUGGGAAUCCACAUCAACAAAUUUACACCUCAACUGGGAUCCUCAUAUGUAGAGUUACCGCGGCAAAUUAAAAUCAAAGAAGCCUGCAUAAAUAUUAAAAAUAUGGAUGGGGCGUGCUUUGCGUGGGCAGUAGUUUCUGCCUUGUACCCUGUUCAUAAAAACAGUGACCGAACGGCAUCUUAUCCUCAUUAUUCUAAAGUUCUAAAUAUAAAAGGUAUUCAGUUUCCGAUGACUACAAGACAAAUUCCACGUUUCGAAAAUCAAAAUAAUUUAUCUAUUAACCUUUACGGAUUGAAAAAAUGUAAAAACACUUUCAUCAUACUCCCUACAUAUUUAACGAAAAAUAAAAUGGAAAAGCAUAUCAACUUGCUCUUUAUACAAGAUCGGUAUGAAGAUGAUGAUCUUGAUGAUGCUAAUAUUCCUAUGAAAUACCAUUUUUGUUGGAUAAAAAAUUUGUCGAGGCUUCUGUCAUCCCAACUUAGCAAACAUGAUGGCAAAAAGCAUUUUUGCGAUCGAUGUUUACACUACUUCUCUUCCCAAGAUAGAUUGUCUGAACAUUAUAAGGACUGCAAAAAUGUUAAUGACUGCUGUAUUAGACUACCGAGUGGGGGUGAACAGAAGCACUUGAAAUUCAAAAACUUCAAAAAUAAGGAAAAGAUGCCGUUCAUUGUUUAUGCUGACCUUGAAAGUGUAUUAGAAAAAGUAGUAAACUCGGGCAACAAGUACCAGCGCCACGUACCCGCAGCAAUUGGUUACUACGUCAAGUGUUCUUAUGAUCCCACGUUAUCUUUUUACAGAUCUUAUCGCGGAGAAGAUUGCAUGUCCUGGUUUGCUCAGCAGAUGUGUUGUUUUGCUGAAGAUGUCGAGACGGUUUAUCUGUGUCCUUUUGAUAUUAGAAUGACUCCAGAACAACAGGCUGAAUUUGAACGAGCAACGCAUUGUCACAUCUGCGAACAGCCUUUUGGCCCUGACGAUAUAAAAGUGAGAGACCAUUGUCAUUUCAUAGCCGAAAACAAUUAUCGAGGAGCCGCACACAAUGCUUGUAAUAUUAAUUACAAGGAUGGUGUAAUUAUACCUGUUGUCUUUCACAAUUUGAGCGGGUAUGACAGCCAUUUUAUUCUAGAAAAUAUCGCCAACGAUGUGUCAGGCCGUGUCGAUCUUCUACCCAUUACAAAAGAAAAAUAUAUUUCGUUCACAAAAAAUAUAGACCAAAAUUUGAUUAAGCUUAGCUUCAUUGACUCGUUCAGUUUCAUGACUUCCGCCGUAGAUACACUAUCAUCAUACUUAACCGAAUUUCAAAAUUUAAGAUCUCAAUUUCUGGAACUAGAUGAAAAUCUGUUUAAAUUACUAACUAAAAAGGGAGUGUACCCGUACGAUUUUAUGGAGAAUUUCGAUAAAUUCAAUUUCGAUUCUUUACCUGAACAAAAACAUUUUUAUAAUCAAUUAACUGAUAAUGAUAUUUCUGAUGACGAAUACGCACACGCCCAAAACAUUUGGACUAAAUUUAAUAUUAAAACUUUAGGUGAAUAUACUGAUUUGUAUAUGAAAACGGACAUUCUUCUUCUGGCUGACGUUUUUGAACAAUUUCGUAGCAGUUGUCAUAAGACAUACGGGUUAGAUCCCGCCCACUACUAUACCCUACCAGGUUAUACGUGGGAUUGCAUGUUGUUUAAGACACGGCAGACAUUGGAACUUUUAACAGAUAUCGAUCAAAUUAUGUUUGUUGAGCGCGGAAUUCGUGGCGGUCUGAGUCAAUGUUCGAAAAGGAAAAGUUUGGCUAAUAACAAGUACCUUCAAAAUUACGAUUCGACUAAACCAACCCAGUAUUUAACAUAUUUCGAUAUCAAUAAUCAGUAUGGGUGGGCCAUGAGUCAGUAUUUACCAUACGGCGGUNAUUGCGACGUUUGA